CGAAAAAAAAAUUCUGAAGUUUCCACAUGUUUUUAAUUUUUCAUACAUUUUCUUUAAUAUCUCCAGUUAUCGUUAGACCAAUCGAUUAAUACUUUCAGUAUGGGUAAAUCUAAAGUCAAGAAACGCCAGAAGAACAGAGAUCGUCCAACUGGCCUCGAGAGUGUCAACGAAUUGGAGGCUGAAGAAAGUGAAAUCGGUGAAGCCGAGUCAGCGUGUGGUGGAGGUGCAAUUGCCGGGUUUAUAGAAAAGUUACAAAGUGCCAGUGUAGAAGAACGAGAAUGCGGAUGUGCCACAAUAGCCAACCUAGUAUGUCAAAAGGGGGCAGCAGGCAAGCUCAUGAAACAGAACAUUGUGAAGAUUUUAGGGCCUUUGAUGAUUGAUGAAAACUUGGGAGUAAGACAGGGGGCAGUGGGAACACUAAGAAAUCUGAGUACAAUGGAAGCAGAAGAUGUUUGUCCUAAGAUGGUUGCUGAUGAUGUUAUGACUCCUUUGAUUACAUUAUUUAAACAGUAUGAGGCUAACUGGAGCCCAGGCAAGACCAGUGACAAAAAGGUUGAUGUAAGAACAGAUAUAUUCCACCAGGCGAUGCAUCUUCUAUGGAAUAUUUGUGAAAAUAGUGAAAUUGCAGUAAACAUUUUGAACCAGUCUGACCUCAUAGAAACAUUAGUUCCUUGUCUACAAAGUUCUGUGUAUGGCCUUCCCCUAGCUGUCACAACAGCUCAAUGUCUGCACACGAUCUCAGAGAACAACACACAUGCUGUACAGCAAAUGUUGAAGCUCAAAGCAGAUGACACUUUGCAAAGCAUUAUGGGAAGCCCUCAUGAAGAUGGCGAACAACUGCUGCUUAGAACAUUAUCUGCAGGAACAUUAUAUAAUAUGCGGUGUGUGGAAAAGUCAACAAAUAUCUCUAGUGUGGAGGAAAUCAUGGGUGUUGUUAGUGAGGUUCUCACGCAAGAUGUCGUCUCCCAGAUAGUGGCUGCAGUUCAACUUACACCUGAUACUCAGAAAGAGGAAGUUUCAAGGUCACCAGACAGUGGGAUCAGCUCUCCGGAAGAAAACCAGUAUGUAAAAUACGAGAACAUGGUCCAAGAUGUCGAGCACAGCAUCCUUGCACAGCAGCUAGCACUUGAGAUAGCUGCCAACCUGUGCUGUAGUGAAGAUGAGGAGGAAGCAUGGGAAGAUCUCGACUCUAGUGACGCAAGUAGUGAGGAACUCUUCAAUGAGGAGGUAGAGGACAUGGACCAGGCUGAUAUUGUGUCUCCCCUAUCUGUACCCUCUGAAAUUCACUCUGCUAUUCUCUCCCAUCGAUUAAUUGACGUUGUCAUGGAGAAGACAGCCAUGUUGGAACCUGAUAUCCAUGAGCACCUCACAAAAACAGACUCUGGUCAAAAUGUACUGAAAAAAUUUGCAGACUCCCAGAGUAAAGCAUUACUGUGUAUCAACAACCUAGUGACAGGGGUAGACCUCACUGGCUUAGGGGGGCUAGAUAGGUUGGAGUCUAUAUGGACACAUCUCUCUCAGUUAGCCUUAAACAAACAUGUCCUGAAGAACCUGGCCCUACUGGAGGCUACUACUAGUGCAAUGAGGGCAACUAUACAGAUAUUGGCCAAUAAUAAAUCAAAUAAGUUCAAUGAGGUGUCUGCCAGUGAUUUACAGUUCUUGUUCGACAUGGGGCAGCAGUGUAACAUGGCAGCUGUCAGGGCUAACGUCAUACGCAUUAUUUCAACUAUAGGAUGUCUCCUGGUCACCAGGGACCCCUUGUCACCAUUACUCAGGAAUAUUGGUGUUUUUCUAAUCGUCACCUCCAUGAAGGAUGCAGAAUUGUGGGUAAUUGCAGAAUCGCUGGAUGCAACGUUUGACGUGUUUGGUGAAGAUAACACAAAGUCAAUUGAAUUGGAAAUCUCACUGCUGGAGAAACUUAAGUCACUGGCCCCCAUACUGAAAACUAAGAUAAACCAACAAAAACAUAAAUUAGGAGAACAUUUGCCAAUCAUACAGACUGCUAGGACGAAUCUAAUACGCUUCAUAAAGUACAAACAAACACACUGAGGCCA